AUGCUGUCCUCGACGUGGCUUCUGGCUGGCCUCUUGGCGAGUGCGCAUGCGGCACCGCGCCUCGGUCCAUCGAACAAUGGUCUUACAUUCCAGUCGCCAGACCGGCUCGCGGACGAGAAGCAGCUGGUUUCCGUCAAGUUGGCCGUCAUGAGCCAGUGCCCAGACGCACAGAUCUGCGAGCAAGUUUGGGACAAGACGAUCCCAAAGGUAGCAGACAAGAUCACGCUCGAGCUCGUGUACAUCGGCAAGCUCGAUCAGAGGUCCAAGUACGGCGUCAAGUGCAUGCACGGCGAACUCGAAUGCGCGGGCAACAUCCAGCAGCUCUGCUUUGCGAGACAUUUCCCCAAUUACAAGGAAUGGUGGCCCUUUGUCAGCUGUCAGAACUACGGCAGUCUCAAGAACGUAGGCACCGAAUCUGUCGCACGAUCUUGCGCAAAGGUGGCAGGCAAGGAUUGGGACGCUGACGGUCUGGCUUCAUGCGCGUCCGGCGAACGCGGCGCGAGGCUCCUGCGCGAGUCUGUGAGGAUCGCAGAAUAUCUAGGGGUGGAGAAAUCGUGCUCUGUUUUGCUUAACGAUCGCGUCAUCUGCAUUCACGACGGCACAUGGAAGUCAUGUAGCGAGGGUCACGAGGUCAGUGACUUCGUGCGCCAGGUCGAAGAUGAAUACCGGCGCAUCAACGCAUACGAUCACGAAGCUUAG